AUGGCAAACGGGACCGAAAUAGAUUUUGGCGUCGUUGCAAUUGAAUUUCUAGCUCCAGUUUACAGUGUUGAAUGCUGCUUGGCUUUCGCUGGGUCCUCCGCUGGUCUGUGGUUGAUGUUGACGCGAGGGCGGCAGGACCGACACGCUGGGCUCGUGUUCUCCGUGAAUCUCGCCGUGAGCGACCUACUCUACACUCUGACUCUUCCUCUACUGACUUACUCCUAUUUCAACGGCAAGCACUGGGUCUUCGGACUGGUACUUUGCAAAAUAGAACGGUUCCUCUUCACAUGUAACCUGUACGGAAGCAUGUUUUUCAUCGCCUGUAUCAGCGUCACCCGCUACCUGGCUGUAGCGCAUCCUUUCUUUACACACAGCUACUCUAACCUCAAGCACGCCUACGUCGUAAGUUUAGCGGUAUGGAUUGUAAAUUGCUCCAUUUCUAUCCCAGUUUUAAAAUUUGCUUCAACCUCACAAAGCAACAUCACGAACCAAACCGAAUGCGUUACUGCCUCUGGAAAGGAGAACCAAGUGAAGUAUUUUCCUUACAGUCUGUUUUUGGCAGCGUUUGGGUGCGCGCUCCCGUUCCUGGCAACACUUUUUUCCUACGUCGGCAUUCUUCGGUCAUCUGCGAAGAACUCAUCCAUUACGGAUUUGGAGAAGAAGAAGCUCGUUCAGCUGGCCGCGACGGUGGUGGCACUGUACACGGUUUCAUUCGUUCCGUAUCACGUGCUCUUGAACGUGAACUGGUACCUGAAGCUGGAUCCGGAAACCGCCUUUAACAGGACCGUGUACUGGUUUUACCAAGUUUCUAAAGCCCUGAUCUCUCUCAACCCGUGUGUCCACCCCCUGCUGUACGCGGCGCUGCUUGACAGCAUCCGCAGAUUGUGUGGGCUGACAGUCAGCGCUGACUGACAGGGGCGUGCGAAUCCUAUA